AUGUCAGAGUUGGCCCUUACGUUGGUGGAUGUUUAUUGCAAAAGUAAAGGAUUGGUUAUUGGUGGAUAUUACCAGGCAAAUGAAAAUUAUUGCAAUUCAAAACCUGACAAUGUGGCCCAUUUGAUAGGCAAAAAGAUUCAGGAAUAUUAUCCAGAGUCUUGUAUAUUUAUGGUGAACAAUACUAAAGUAUCUCCAUGCUGUGUCUCGGAAGCCUAUAAAAUCUACACAUACAAAGAUAAUAUGUGGAAAGAAUCGGACAAAAAGCAGACUGUUGAUGAUGAAACUCUCAUGACCACUUGCAAACUACUAGACUCACCAAGCAUUUAUCGCAAACUUAUGGACUUUGAUAAUCACUUUGAUGAUAUAAAAAAUGAUUGGCGCAACUUAGAACUCAAUGAACUGUUGGAAAGUAAGGAUUUUCUAAAAGAUGGUUAUAUUGAUAAUUAUCUAUAA